AUGGAAUCAAGACCAGGCCCAACGGAAAGUAACCCUUAUGCUUGGGACGACGACUUCUCUGACAUCCACUAUUCAAUUUCUGCAGACGAAUACGCAUACCUAUUGCUGUACAAUAAGAUUUUCCACAGUGUAACCUUUGCAUUGGGGGCACUUUUGUCACUGAUGAUGUUAUACUUGAUUGUUAAGAAAUCAGGAAGAAUGCUCCAGAACUAUCGGGUAAUGCUGAUCUUCAACUGCCUUGUUGAUAUGCAGAUCUGCCUGACGCUGUUUGUUGGACAGAGUGUAGGUUAACAAAACGUAAGGGAUGAAUGUUAAUUUAGUCCACAAAAACUGUGGAUGGUAUGUUGCUGGUGUCCUACGAAGGCAUUGGAGGGAGCUUCAGUUUCACUGGUCAAUGCAUGUUGGGCGGAAUGUUUGCGGCGUGUGUUAGCGUGGCAAUAAUUAGUUUGCCAGCCAACUAUUACUAUCGCUACGAUUGUAUAAAACGGCAAGUUUUAUAGUUAAUAUUGGCGGGGCUUGGAGUUCUGAAAAUGUGAGAGGUAUUAUUGAACCUAUAUUGACAAUAACAAUCACAAGGCGCACAAAAAUGUUUUUGAAGGCCUCUUUGUAUGUUAAAAUUUCAGAGGUCAUCCUCUCGACUUCAACGGACUCAUUCUCCUCUACUCCGGCGUCUACCUAGCCACACUUCCACCAACCUUUGGAGUCUUCUAUACCUUCAAUCAUGAUGGGGCUUCUCGCCCUGGCUUCAAUUAUGGAACGCUGUGGUUCGACGUCAAGCCCCUUCCAACACUACUCAUUUUGGAUUUUGUAAGAAGGAUGAUUAAAAUUUUAUUCAAAAAAUUCCAGAAUUUGAAGAGGACCAAGUUGUUUAUUGUCUACGUGUUCAUUUGUUUCUGCAUUUCCUACGGAUUGGCUAUACUGUUUGCCAUGAAAACUCUAAAGAUACUCCACGAUGGGAUGACAAAGUAUAGUCAACGGACAAUCCAGCUGCAGCGACAACUCUCCUUGGCCAUGCUGGCGCAGGUAUUUGAGUCUAGAAGAUUCUAAUUUUAUAUUUUCAGUCAGUUCUACCGAUCUUCGUCUCCAUAGGCCCAGUUACUGUUCUUAUAAUUCAAAUUGUCUGUGGAUUGAACAGUGAUGUCGUAACAACGAUUGCUUUCAAUGCCUUUGCCAUGAUACCGGUUCUAAAUUCACUUUGCACAAUUAUUGCAAUCCGACCGUUCCGCGAUGCCAUCCUGCGACCAAUUUUCAAGAAAUCAAUCAAUUCUGUGUCCGAAACACAGCAAGCGAAAACAAAUAACAUGUCGGGAUAA